AUCACAGUGGGCCCCCAGCGCCCACCGGGCAAUCCUCUUCCAGAAGGGAGAGAGAGAGAGGUUGUUAGGGUUUAAGGUAUUUGGUAGUUUGGGUUUCAGGUUCUACGUUUCUCUACUCCGGCAACGGCGAUCCGGCAUCUACACCGACAUCUAGAGGGCUGCAAGUUGCUGGCUGGUAAAGCUGCAAAUGGAAGCGAAAUUCUUUCGGUUCCUCAAAAUUGUGGGAGUUGGGUUCAAAGCGAGAGCCGAAGCAGAAGGCCGCAUGCUGUAUCUGAAAUUGGGUUACAGUCAUGAGGUUGAACUAACUGUCCCACCAGCUGUCCGAGUGUUUUGUUUUAAACCUAACAUAGUCUGUUGUACCGGGAUAGAUCUACAAAGGGUGACUCAGUUUGCUGCCGCUGUUCGUAGUUGUAAACCCCCUGAAGUUUACAAGGGCAAGGGUAUAAUGUACAUCGACGAAGUCAUCAAGAAGAAACAAGGAAAGAAGUCCAAAUAAUGCAUAGGCAGGAAUAGAAAAUGGGGGCCGAUUUGUUGUCUUUUCUUUUCUUUUCUUUUUCUUUCUUUUUCGGGAAGAGAUUAUGUUGUAAUAGAGGUUAGCUGAGGUUUGGAACUCUUGAUCUCAAGAGGUACAAGCUUGAGGUAAUCUUUGCCAGACUUUUUGAAUCAUUUGAGGAAUUUGGUUGGAAUGAAGCUUUUCACAGUUCACUAA